AUGUCGUUACGUGAAUUGAAACCAAAACAAGCGGGGGUCGACGAGUCUCUUCGGCUCUCAAAGAUUUUAAUCUCGAAGAACUGGACUUUACCCCCAAGGACCACCAGCACGACUGCUGGUGGUGGUGUGAUGAAAGCAAGACAUAAGAAGAAAGAUGACAGUGUGGAGAAGGGUGCGGUCGCUAGUGUCGAACAGAAGAAGCAGUUCCAGAAUAGAGCAGCUCAGCGUGCGUACAGGGAGAGAAAAGCUAAUAAGAUUAAAGAAUUGGAAGAUUCGAUUGAAUCUUUGCAAAAAUUGGUCCUACAUUGGAAAAAUAAAUAUAAUGUUAAGGAAAAAGAGUUGCAGGAAUUGAAGAAAGUGCAGGAGCAAGGCGCCACUGUGGAUGCGACUGCUGCCGUUGUUGUCGUCGAUGAGAAGAAAGUCGAAGUGGACGAGACACCUAGUAAAUGUGGGUUUUGUAAUGAUGACUCAAAUUGUGUCUGUACGGAAUUGGAACACACUAGUGACGAAAAGGCUACUAUUUCUAUUAAAGCCAAGAAUGAUUCCGUGUUUAGUUGUUCAGGUUCAUCGGAUACAUGCGAGAAAUGUUCAAAUAUUGAAGAGACAUGUAUUAAACCUGCUACUACUGUUACAGAUACUGAUCAUAUGGUAUCCUCGGAGAUCGAUUUCACAUAUAUGGCUACAAGAAAUAGCAAUAAUUUAAGUACGGCUAUUCAGUUGAAUAAUGGUGCUACUUUCCAAAGGAUAAAGAGACAAAUGCACCAGCAACAACCCAACUGA